CAUUCAAAAUUCGGAUUCCAACACCUACUUACCAUCUAAAACCACAAUGAAACUAGCAUGUGCAAUUUCUAGCACUGCCUCAUCGGCGACGGUCCUUUGCCGCCGCGGCCGCCGCCUCUUCUCCUCUUUUUCCCUUCCCAAAACCCUAAAUUCAUCAUCAUACUGGAGGAAUUGGAUGAGCAACACCGCCGCUACUAACUCUUUACAUCAAAUUUCCUGUUCAAUGUCCACCUCAACCUCCCCAUCACCCUCACCGACGUUAUCGGAACCACCGCCGGAGAAGCCGAAGCCGAAACCUCAGCCUUGGCUUAUUGUUGGCCUCGGUAACCCUGGGAAACGAUACGCUGGCACCCGUCAUAAUGUGGGUUUUGAGAUGAUAGAUACUAUAGCUGAUGCUGAAGGAAUAUCUAUGGGCAGUGUUUCCUUUAAAGCUCAAUUUGGGAAAGGUUUCAUUGGAGAUGUUCCAAUUAUGCUUGCUAAACCUCAAACGUUCAUGAAUGCAAGUGGUGAGUCUGUUGGAGCAAUUGUUUCAUAUUAUAAGAUUCCACUGAAACAAGUUCUUGUGGUUUUUGACGAUUUGGAUUUGCCUUUUGCAAAGUUGCGGUUACUGCCAAAAGGUGGUCAUGGAGGACACAAUGGGAUGAGGAGCAUUAUGAAUCACCUUAAAGGGAGCCGUGAUUUUCCUCGUUUACGAAUAGGCAUUGGGAGGCCUCCGGGGAAAAUGGAUCCCGCAAGUUUUGUUCUUCGCGCAUUCAAUCGACAAGAACGUGAGGAGUUGGACUUCACAUUACAUAAUGGUUUGGAAGCAGUGAGAAUUUUAGUGCUCGAGGGUUUUGACAAAAGUGCCACAUUUGUGAAUAGUGCCAAACCCUUGACAGUUUAGUUUAGGGAAAUUCUUUUUUUCAGAUUUUCGCCAAUUCACGAGAAGGCAGCGGAAGAACCAUUGCUUGUAAGGCUACAGAAAUAUAGUUUGGUUAAACCAGAGUCAUUCUAAUACGAAGCCAUAAAAUCUUGUCAAGACAAUUUUGGUAAUGAUUUUUUGAUAGAGUUUUCUACUUUUCGGGGGUCCCCUUUGCCUUUGUUGUAAUCAUGAUAAGUUUAAACAUUCAUUGUUUUGUUGUAAGGUAUCCAAAUGUGACGUCAAACUGGUCUUGUUUCUUAGUUUUAUAUCCCGGUCGAAAGGGGUUAAAUUCAUUAAUUUCA